GUCGCCAUGGCCACGGCUGCGGCCGCGGCUCGGGCUGCGCGCCGUCCCUCGCCUGCCGCCGACUAAAGCCUGCGGACAUUUUGUCUGAAAAAGGCAGAGCGUAGAUCCCACACCGGCUCGGGGCUGUCAGAAUGCAGGCGGCGCCCGCUGGAGACCCGCACGGCGGCCGCAGUGGGGAGGUCCCGGCGCCUGAGGCGCCGUUGGGCGGCCCCGGGAGCGGAGGCGCCCGCGCGGAGCGUGAGGGCAGCGCUGGGAGCACAGCUGUUAAAAUGCAAGAGAAAGAAGUCAACUGUAUGUCCAGUGCAGAUCAACAUCAUGAACAAAAAUCAGGUGUUGAUGAGAAGUCUGGAACCAGCUCAUCCAGUCAAAGGACAGAAGAAAAGAGAGGCUCUGUAAGGAUGACAAAAAAGACUCUGCUAGACAUCUGUAAACAGCAGAAAUUAUACUGGACCCCAUACUUAAAUGAUACACUGUACUUGCACUAUAAAGGAUUUGACCGACUGCAGAAUCUUGAAGAAUAUACUGGACUGAAGUGUUUGUGGCUGCAAUGCAAUGGCUUAAGAAAAAUUGAGAAUUUGGAGGCUCAGACAGAGUUGCGUUGCCUCUACUUGCAACUCAAUUUAAUUGAGAAAAUUGAAAACCUUGAACCCUUACAAAAGCUGGAUUCCCUCAAUAUCAGUAACAACUACAUUAGGACCAUUGAGAAUCUCUCUUGUCUGAAAGUCCUGCAGACUCUGCAGAUCGCUCACAAUAAAUUACGAACAGUGGAAGACAUCCAGCACUUGCAGGAAUGCCCAAGUAUUUCUGUUCUUGAUCUUUCCCACAACAAUCUAAGUGAUCCAAGUAUUGUAGCUGUUCUGGAGACCAUGCCCAAUCUGCAUGUGCUGAACUUGAUGGGAAAUGAGGUGAUAAAGAAAAUUCCUAACUAUAGAAAAACACUCACUGUUCGACUAAAACAGCUGACAUAUCUGGAUGACAGACCAGUUUUCCCAAAGGAUAGAGCCUGUGCAGAAGCCUGGGCUGUUGGAGGGCUUGAAGCUGAGAAAGCAGAAAGGGAAAAAUGGGAAACCAGAGAGAGAAAAAAAAUCCAAGAUAGCAUUGAUGCGUUAGCAACAAUUAGGCAAAGAGCACAGGAAAAGAGGAGACAAAAGUGCAUGGAAGGAGUUGCAACAGAUACCCAAGAAGGAGCAUCUUCAAAUUCAAAAGAUGGUGAUGGAAAUUCUAAUACAACAGAAACUUCAAAUAGAUCAGAAGAAGAAGCUCUAGAAAAGACUGAGAAAUUUAAAAAUGAGGGUUUUCAUGUUUGUGAUGAAGUGGUAACACUUCUACCAAAUAGAGGAGAUAGAGAUUUCACAUCUGGAAAUAUGCCUGAUGAAGUUCAAGAGGAUGCACAGGAACCAAACUCUUACAAAUGCGCAAAUUUCAACAAGGAGGCAGAUGAUCUACCAGGACAGGAGGCAGCUACUGACCAGGCCGUGGUUCCUGGGAGGGAGGAGGAACAUGCUGAAAUGGAACAGUUCAAACUGGAGACACUGGCAGCACUUUCUCUUGAUGAUCUGCCUGAUUUAGAAGAUGUAGUUGUAAGUGAGUUUGCCCCAGAAGAGGAAAUCUUUGUUCAAAAGCAGAACUGUCACCCAAGGAUUGAGAUAAUUUCUGAAGUGACAAAUGACAGCAAUUCUACAUUAGAGGAAAACAAUGGAAGUAUGCUUGAGAAUUCAGUAGAAGUUCCAACACCAAUUUUUUCAAAUGUAUGUCAGAACUAUAAAGAGCAUGAAAAGGAGCACUUAAGACCCCUUCUCAAAAGCUUCUUUACAGAGUCUGAUCAUUCAGAAGGGUACCUGGAGGUCAAAGAUGAAGAAGUAGCCCCUUUGAAACCCUUGAUACAAGAGAUAAUCACUGACCCCAAGGAUCAUCUGCUGUUGUCACCAGACUGUUAUCAACCAGAUGACCCAAGCUCAUGGAAAGAGGAUGGGAAUGGCAGUGAUAGAGAAGCACAGGACCAGGCUGAGGGGGAAGGAUGCCCUCAUAAAGCACAAGGUGACAAGGAUGAUGAGAGUGGAUUGGAUUAAUCGCUUUACAAAACCAGACCAAAUCUGAAGCACAGUGUGGAAAUAUUCCCAAAAUAUGGAGGCUGGCAAUGGGACCAUUUGUUAAAACUGACAUUGCACUGUGAUAUCAAAACUCACUGCCCUUGGCUCCAUGCUCCUCAGGGCAGCUGCGUGGUCACAACUUUGAAAACUACUGUUUUGAGGUUAAAUUCCAGUCUUGUGUUAUUUGUGCCUUUGCAUCCUUCUAGAAAUGCCUUAGUUACAUGUUUAUAUAUCAGAGUUUCAUUACAGAUGGAGUUUCAAGCCUAAUUCAAUGUGUCUGCCAUUUGACUAAAUAAAAAUUCUAUUUGUAAACACAUAUAUUUUCAUUUGCUGUUCGAUAUUUUAAGUCCAUAC